CCUAAAACUCAGGGGGGAUAUUCCCUACUUGACGUUUAUCCUUAUAUCUCGCUGUCUAAAUUAAAAAUUAUCGUUCCGUCGACUCAGCAGGCCUAAGUAGGUGACGAAGCAGGCCUAGCCUACUUUGGAUUCCCCCGCGACACGCGACAAAUCCCGGGGAUCCUGUCGCGACACGCGGGCGGUUCCAAAUCAGGCUAUAAAUAGAGAGGCCUGGGACUUGAUUUCUGGCAUUUGUUCGACGUUAAAAUUCGUUUCCUACGUUGAGUUAUUAUCCGUUUACUACAUAACACACACUAGCACGAAGCGCUGCUACGAUACAGGGUAUUAACUCGAUCGCUGCUACGAUUCAAUAUCCGAUCGACUGAAACUAUCCGACAGGAUGUUUAAGUACUAUCCUUUGUCAUUAGUCGUGAUUCCGACAGGAUGUUUGAGUGCUGCCCAAACUCGGGAUAGACUCUGUCAUUCGUUGUGAAUCCGAUGGAUGUUUAAGUUAUUACACUUUGUCAUUCGUCGUGAGGGUUUUAAUCUCGUGAAUUUAUCGUAAAUGCUGUAUUAGUUAUUUACCUAGUUUCGGGUGCGUUAUCGCUUAAAUUAGGUUAUUAGGCUUAUCAGUAGACUAAACAAUACCCCAUACACUUACAAUCAAAGUAGAUGCUAAUUCUUAGAAGAAUCUGAAUCAUGAAGCUUGUUAAUUCAAUACCGCAUGCUUAUAAUGUGAGUCAUUCUCUUUUUAUCAAACUGCUUUCCAAAACCUUAUUUAUUUCAAAGUUAUAAUUACAGGGAUUAAGUCGUGGUUAUCUUGAAUCACUGGCUAGUGGGGUAUUGUGCACAUUACUAAGUUUUCACGGUUAGGUUAAUAAGCCCUAACACAGUUUAGGCAAAUAAGUCCUAACAGUGACAAUCGUCACUACUUGGGUGAAAGGACCCAAUAGUGGCAUGACCAUAGUCACCAGGAGGUGACAAGGCGCCAGAUAAAAAUAAGAUACUGCCAUUGUAAUCGCUCUUAUGCUGUAAUUUAUAACUAAGAGUCAUUUUAUAAAACCUGAAUGAACUCACUCAGUAUUUCCCGCUGACAAAACAUUUUUAAAACGCGUUUCCGGUAAUUACGGUAGAUUGGAGUAAGAAUUGGAUCCGGCACUGAAAGGCAUCAAGAAGUGGCUUAUUUUAUUUCAAAUUAAGAAAUAUUAUUUUAUGUAAUUGGGUUUAUAUCUCAUUAAAGCUACCUUUAUAAAACAUGGGUUUAUCCCAUCUGUUUAAUAAAUAAAAUCCGGUGUUUUCUAAACUCUGAUAUUUUCCUAACUCACGGUCUUGAUAAAAUUUCUGCUGCAAUGUUUUUCAAAAAUAAUCACCAGUACCACUGGACUGCUCGCGGCUCCCGAUUCCGUUCAGGAUGAGGUAAGGGGUCGUGACAUAUAGCGUGCUUCAACAGACCUUAUGAGCUGUUGAUCAUCAUAUGUUAAAGAUCUUAUAUUAUAGAUCUUCUGUUGAAUUGUGUAAUAUCUGUUGGUGCACAACAGAACUCAGGUUCAUCAUACAUUUUUUUAAAACUGUGUAAGCUAAGGAUCCUUUGUAUUUAAAUAUUUUUCUAGUUAUUUAUUAUUACUAUAUAUUAUUACUAUCUAGUUAUAAUAAAAGAAAUAAUGUUAGGGACACAUUGCGCUCUAUGAGACAUUCUUAAUUAUUUUUCUAAAUAUUUAUUAUCGAAAGUCAAUUAUUAUUGAUAAUAUUUAAAAUUUGUAGAAGAGGUUUUAAUGAUAAAGACAAAGAUAACUCAUAAUAAUAUAUUAAUUAUAAUAAUCAUAUAUUAAUUAUUAAAAUCUAAAAAAAUAUAUUAGCGUUUUAAAUAUUUUUAAAGAUAAAGGUUUUAUUUAAUCAACAGUUCCGUUCGUAACACGCUCGUAGUGAUUUCAAAACACAUGUAAACACAGACUAAAUAACAAAAGAAAUUCGUCACAACGCGGCGAACUUCUUUUAAACGUAGUUUGAUAAAUGAUCCAAUUUCCUACAUAUACAUUUACCAAAUGGGGGAAUAGUGCCAGGCAGCUGUCUGGCACUUCCCCAUUGAACCCGCACGUUUAUUAUUUUAUAUCCGUUUAAAAAUUAGGUUUUUGCCCCCAACUCAAAAUAGAAUUACGUUUUUUGUCACCAUCUCAAAAUUACGAUCUUGCCCUCAAUUCAAAAUUACAACUUUGUCUGGCACUCCCCCAUUGGACCAACCAGUUUAUUAUUUUAUAUCCAUUCUAAAAUUACGUUUUUGCCCUUCUUUAAAAUUACGGUUUUGCCCUCAGCUCAAAAUAAAAUUAUGAUUUUGUCCCUAACUCAAAAUUACGAUUUUUCCCUACAUUCAAAAUAAAAUUGUGGUUUUGCCCUCAACUCAGAAUUACCUUUUCGCCCCCAGUUCAAAAUAAAAUUAUAUUUUUGCCCCCAGCUAAAAAUUACGAUUUUGCCCUCUGUUCAAAAAUGUGAUUUUCCCCAUUUAAAAAAUUGUAAUUUCGCCCUCAAUUCAAAAUUACAUUUUUUUCCCAGUUCAAAAUAAAAUAAUGUUUUUGCCCCCAACUCAAAAUUACGAUUUUGCCCUCGGUUCAAAAUAAAAUUGUGCUUUUGCCUCCAGCUUAAAAUUACGAUUGUGCCCUUAGUUCAAAUUUAUAUUACGCUGUUACCCCAAGUUCAAAAUUACGAAUUUGCCCCUGUGAAAAUUUACAACUUUGCCCCUGGUUCAAAUUUACAGUACUGUCAUUACUUUAGCUUUUGGCAAAUUACGAUUUUACCCGAGUCAAAAAAUACAACUUUCUCACAGUUAAAAAUUACAAUAUUGUCAUUGUUUUAGUUUUUUUUUACAAAACUAUAAAAGUGUUUUGUUUUAAUUGGUUGACUCGAUUUAAUUGUUUUUCGUGUCAAUAAACUGCCUAAUACCCGCUUAUUAUUCGGCCAUCACCUCACACCAUAGACUAGACGGAGCAUCAACUACUUUUUCUACAUAUACUAUAUACUGUUGUUAGUCAAUAAAGUAGCAAUGAUGUUAGUCAAUAACGUAUGCCGUAUGCUUUUUUUUCUUUCUUAUGAAAAAGUUUUUUAUACUUUUGUAACAAUCUUAUGAUAAGAUCCAAUUUAGAACAUCGAGAUGAAUAUUCACAUUUCAUCAUUUAUCAUUUAGUAUAUUUCGUCAUUUAGCGUAAACUUUCGUUUACACCUCUUUGUUGUUAGCUUAUUCCAUUUUUUAUCUUUUUAUUUAACCAAAUUACUUUUCUAUCUCUAAACUUUAAUAAAGUUAUCAUACAACCCUUAAACUUUGAUAAAGUUGUCGGUUUAAAUUCCGUCUACGUUUUUCGUCACGUAAGUCUUUUGGCGUUAGAAAUUCGUGUUUUUGUUUUAAGUUUUUUUCCCUGGUUUAGAUCGUCGUUUGGCUUAAGCAUAAUUAUAGAUCAAUUUGACAUAAAUAUAAAGAUGAAAACCCAAACAACUUAAAACUCGAAAAAAAUGAACAAUGUGUCGAAUAUUAGGAUUAUAUUUGAGUGAAACUAUAUAUUUUGUACUUUAUAAUAACCAAAUUUGUGUAGAUAUUUUUCGUUAUAUGUGUGUAUAGUAAGUGACUGAUAUAAGUAUAAUUUCUAAUUAAAAAAGUCAUCAUACUGGUACAUCAUGCUUUUAGCACAAGCAAAAGCUUCAUGGGAGGCUUUGAUGGUGUGUGAGGACAGUGGCGGAUCUAGAAAAUCCGCUAAGCCGUAACGUUUUAUAAAAAAAGCCGUGACGAAAUCGUAAAAACGUCAAUUUUUUUCCAAAUUUUACACCAAUUUUACACUACCGCCGGAGCGCCAAGCCGUAGCGGAGGUUGCCCCUUCUUAUAUGCUAGGUCCGCCCCAGGUGAGGAGGACCUUCGUAUAAGGCCCGCAAUUUCGAGGGGCAUGCGAUUUAAAAAAAAAAAAUCUGAUACGUAUAUGUUAUUUUUUCUAAAUAGUAAACACAUACCAUUUCCAAUAUAUGCCCAUUUACAAAUCAUUUUUUAUGGUUUAGAAUUUAGCCCACUUGGAAUUAGGUUUAUUGAACCCAAUACUAAUUUGAUUUUUUUUAAAUAAUAACAAAACAUAACGGAGGCACAUUUUUUCAAGCUCGAACAGGGUAUGUGAAUUCUCAGAGACGCCUCUGAAAAGGUUUAAAUUGGUAUUGUGGUUGGAGUGGUUCACAUGUAACAAGAGUGGCGAAGCUUGAGAUUUCCGACGAGAGAGUCGAAAACGUAUAUACCAAAAAAUUUCUAUACGGAAGCUACAUAUAUAACUCUACUAAGCGAAAAGUUCGGAAGGUCGCAACACCCCCAGCCCCUUCUAACUGCGCCCAUGGUAACAACUACGUGAAAACAUAAAUUAUGUAACUUUAAUUCGAUAUAUAAGGAGAGAGAGCUUACUUCUUCUCCAUAUCUCAAUAUUCACUUGCUGUUUGCCAAUGGAGGAGCAAAGAUGUGCGGUUGUCACCGGAGGAAACAGAGGAAUCGGACUUGAAAUAUGUCGUCAACUUGCUUCAAAUGGAGUUUUUGUCAUAUUAACAUCUAGAAAUCAAAGUAACGGGGAAGAAGCUGUGGGGAAACUAAACGUUUUUGGCCUUUCUAAUGUUGUUUUUCAUCAACUAGACAUCAACGAUCCGUCUAGUAUUGCGUGUUUGGCCAAAUUUGUUCAAACACAGUUUGGGAAGCUAGAUAUCUUGAUCAAUAAUGCAGGGGAACUUGGACUUAUCAUACAUGCCGACGAGAAAGAAUUUAGAGACGGUGGAGGGUUUUUACAAGUCGUCGAUGAAAAGGCACAUCUUUUCGCCAACAUUAUGGAAGAGCCUUACGAAUUGGGAGAAAAGUGCCUGAAAACAAAUUUCUAUGCGACAAAAACGGUUACAGAAGCGCUUAUUCCUCUUCUCCAACUCUCUAAAUCUCCAAGAAUCGUGAAUGUUAGCUCUGUCUACGGAGACCUAUACUGGUUCCACAAUGAAAAGUUGAAAGAAGAGUUGCUAGAUAUUGACAACUUAAUUGAAGAAAGGAUAGAUGAGAUAAUCCAAUGGUUUUUGAGUGAUUUUAAGGCUGGUAAGUUGCAAGAGAAUGGAUGGCCACUAACAGUCUCUGCAUACAAAGUUUCAAAAGCUGCUCUUAAUGCUUAUACAAGGCUCAUGGCAAGAAAGCAUAAGAAUAUUCUUGUGAACUGUGUGCAUCCUGGGUAUGUUAUAACAGAUAUGACAUACCAGACUGGAAUUAUUACGGUUGAUGAAGGUGCGAAAGGUCCGGUGAUGGUUGCUUUGUUGCCGGAUAAUGGGCCUUCUGGUGUAUACUUUGAUCAAACACAAAUUGCUCCGUUUUCAUCAACAAGUAUACCAUUUUAAUAAAGCAUUGUAUUACAGGAAUUGAUAUCAUAUGUAAUGUAACAACGUUGCUUCUGCUUUAAUUAUUUCAGAUUCUUCUUUAAACCUUAAA